AAUCGUUAAAAGCAUCAGGGUUGUGGGCCUGCCCGGGACGAGGUAGGGGAAGUGCUGCCUUCGGUUCGGCAUGCGGGUAUGAGACGGUGCAGGAGCUUUGAUAUGGACGAAGGAGAUGUUUUCCGUGGUCUUGGAUCUUUCGGCUCCACUGAAAAACAGGUGGAGAGGACUCGUACGAUGUCCGGCCCACAACGCACUGCUACGGUGUAUUCGCCUCAGUCGACAAUCUACAGGUGGGGAUGAUGGAUCCAGCGACCGCAUGGGAGAACCUCUUUCUUCGCUUCUCCGGCGUUGCUCCGCCGAUGUCGCCGCCACAACCCUCGUUGGCGCCGGGGCUGCUCUGCAUGGUACGGCUACUACCACGAGGAAUCUGUAUCCCCGCGGGAAGUAGGAGAGACUGCACUCCGGAGCUGAAGGAUAGUCGAUGGGGGUGUCGUUGGCGACAGCAUGACAACAGCCGAGCAUGGCGAAGAGAUGGAAUGAUCGCCUAUGGAAAGGCAGG